GAGAGCGUCGGUCGUGUCUGUGUCUGCUCGUGGCUUCUCCUUCCUAUUUAUUCCUCUCUGUUCAUCAUGGCUGCGACGAUUGAAGAAAACUUGAAGCUUCUGCGAGAUGAAUUCAAUGAGUGGAGAAAGGGCGUGGAAUGUGCGAUGUCGCAGGAGGAGUGUGUUAGAGAGGAAGAGAAGAUGGUGCGGCUGGAGCGGGACCACCUGGCUCUCCAGCUGUCCCGAGCUCACAACACACUUAAAGUCUACAAUAAUAGACUUAGAGACCUGAUGCAAAACUACGCCGCCAUCGCCGUUGUUAUCGAGAAGAAGAACCAGCUGAUGGGGGAGGUGGCGCAGCUUCAGCAGCAACUGCAGCUCGCUCAGCAGAUCCACAGCAAGGAACUGAAAGAGUUGCAGGAGGCGGCGUUGAAGCAGGAGGCGAUAAAGGUGACGGAAGCAGUGCAGCAAGAGCAAAUUAAGGCUAAGGACAUGGUGGCGGCGGCGGUGGCAGCAGCGGCGGCAGCGGCACAGGAAGAGAAGGAACAGCAGCUCAAGAUCGCCAGGCAGGAGCUGACAGAUGAGCGCCAGGAACAUUUGCGGGUACUGAUGGAAAUGAGGACUAAGCACCACAAUGAGGAGGAACAGCUGCGUGGUCGCCUGGCACAGCUGCAGCUCAACCUCUCGGCCCGUGCCACCUCCAACAUGGACCUCUUUGCAAACAAGUUACAAGCGACGAGGGCUGAGUUCGAGGAACAGCUGGUUGAACGUGAUUCUCGUCUGGCGCAGCUGAAGGAGGAGCUGCGAAAAGCCCGGGAGACCCUGAAGCACCAGCAACUUCUCAGUGUAGUGAGAGGCGUUGCUACGGCAGCCACUGCUACCCCAACCCCAACGCCCAUCUCGUCACCUGUACAUUCUUUCUCACUUCAUACUGGGUCUGAGCCAGCAGGUGCGGCAGAAGGUGAUUUAAACUCCGCGUGCAGUAGUGAGCAUGAGACAGGUGAGAGCCCUUCCGUUAGAAAGAGUCGGGCCCACAACCGCACCCAACCCAUGCCCAAGAGUCACGCGGGCCUGCCAGCUCUACCCUCCCCACCUGUCAAGUCAAGCAACAAGCGCAAACUGUACUCUGGUAAAUCCUUCUUGCAGGAGGAGAACGAUGCUGAGCAGCAGCCCUAGGCAGUCACUUGCAUGACUGCACUUCAUAUCGUAUUGUGGACUCUGGAGGCUCUCUCCACUGCCAGAGAAUGAUGAUAUCAUUGAGUGAACUGUUACACUAGUACUGUAUUCGAAAUUUGAGUUUGUUUCUCUCUCCAGCUUUUAAAAUAUAAGUUUUUAGUGUACACUAUUUUCUCUCCCCCUCCCCCCCCCCAAAAAAAAAUGCCAUAAAAUAUUUAUGCUCUUUAUACAAGGGAAUGUUUUUAGUUUUCAAAGUUUUUUCAAAAGUUAACGUUUUAAUUUUUACAAUUAAUGACUUUAGUUCUUGAGUAAUUUUUUUUUAUCUGAAUAUUUGAUAUUAUUCUUUCUUACUGUAGUUAACUGUGCGGAAUCAUACAUUAAUUUUUAAUCCAAAUUUGGUUUUGCUAUUUUUAUAACCAAAAAUUAACGAAUUUGUCAUAUUUCAGUUUAUACAUUAAAGUUAGCCAUGUCUGACACAGGUCGGCGUCCAUACUGGCAGGAAAAUAACUGUCAGCCAUAAAUGGCAUCCAAUUGUUAAAAACUUGUCUUACAUUGUCAAUUUUCAAAGCUGCGUAUUUUAGUUCAAUUCAAUAUGUUAAUCAUUGCAUAUGAAUUGCAAUAAGCUGGUCUCUUAUCAUUUAAAUAAAGUUACA